GCUCCUCCGCCUGAUACCGCGCCUGCGCAUUGCGUCUUUUUCUCUCUGGGCUCGGACCUGUUUUGCGGCGGUAUGGCCAAACGCACCAAGAAGGUCGGAAUCGUCGGUAAAUACGGGACCCGCUAUGGUGCCUCCCUCCGGAAAAUGGUGAAGAAAAUUGAGAUCAGCCAGCACGCCAAGUACACUUGCUCCUUCUGUGGCAAAACCAAGAUGAAGAGACGAGCUGUGGGGAUCUGGCACUGUGGUUCCUGCAUGAAAACAGUAGCUGGUGGUGCUUGGACCUACAACACCACUUCUGCUGUCACAGUAAAGUCCGCCAUCAGAAGACUGAAGGAAUUGAAAGACCAGUAGAAGCUCACCUUUGCAGACAUGACUAGCCUGUAAUAAAUGGGUUAAUUUAUGUAACA